GGGAGGGGUUAAACACAGCAGCAAAAGUUUGUUUGGCUGCCUCAAAAGCAAUGGACGAAGUUGGUUAAAUCACACAGCUCCUCUCGCCUGAGUUUAAGGGAGAAUAACGCGGAGGGACUAUGGUGAAGAAUAAAAUGUACAACAGGACAGACUAGUGCCUUUCGGGGGAGUGUUUACACACACGGUUUCACGAUGGCAGAUGGGAAUCGGACGGUUGUGUACUUGUCUGAGCAGGUGAUCGUGUUGUGCUCGUGCGCGCUGUCGUUUCUGGGCUCCUCGCUCAUCAUCAUCACCUACAUUAUCUGGUCGGAUCUGAGGACGACUCCGAGGAGGCUGCUGGUGUACCUCUCGGUGUCUGACUGGCUGUCCGCCGUCUCCUACGCCGUCGGGGUCUGGAGUGUUUUCCACACCGACUCGCUGGAGUGCGUCGCGCAGGGAGCCAUAUCCACUUUCGCCAACACCAGCUCCUUCUUCUGGACCGUGGCCAUCGCUGUUUACCUGUACGUGUUCAUCGUCAGGUCCAGCCAGAGGGUCGCCGACAGCCUGGUGUUGUUUUUCCAUCUUGUGAGCUGGGGCGUUCCUCUGGCCAUCACCGUCACAGCCGUGUGCAUGAAGAAGAUUGGCUAUGAUGCGUCAGAGGUGUCGGUGGGCUGGUGCUGGGUGAGGAUCGGUGCUCCUGACCGGGUCCUGUGGAUGCUGCUGACUGGGAAGAUCUGGGAGUUCUUGGCUUACCUCACCCUCCCUGUCCUCUACAUCCUGAUCAAGAGGCACAUUCACAUAGCGCAUGCUGCCCUGUCCGAGUACCGUCCCAUCUUGGCCAACAGGCCCCCGUCCCACUCUUUCUCGUCCAUGGCGGAUAUGAAACUAACACUCAUUCCCAUCAUCUUCAUCGUCCUGCGUAUUUGGAGCACAGUGCGCUUCAUCCUGCUGCUAGCCGGCUCCUCAGCCAGACAGCACCCAGUACUGGUCACUCUACAUGGAAUUGGCAACACCUCGCAGGGAGCAGCCAACUGCAUCAUGUUUGUGUUGCUCACACGGCCAAUCCGCACACGCCUCUGUGCCGCGCUCUGCUGCUGCUCCAAGCGUCAUGCAGACGAGCAGCACUCGCACGACGCCCCCAACAGGCUGCUGCCGGGACAGGACACCUCCACGCAGAGAGAGGCAGACAGCACCAGUCGAGUCGGGGCUGAUAGAUGAUAUUCUGUGGAUGUGAGGAUUAACAAGGGUUGACAUGAGGAGAGCAGUGGAGAUCUCUGCUUCACACUGAGCCUCAUUACAGCAAGUGCCUGGCAGGAGGGCUGCAGACUGUGCAGGUGCACGCACAUCUGUGUCACAGGAAAAGUCACAUUUCUGCACUGUGGGUGAUGAUGCAACCUGACUUUGUUCCCAGCAUUUGGUGAAACAUUUUGAGUGUUGCAUACCGGAUAUGCACAUGAAUAUUGUAGUUUCAUAGAUGUGCUGUCAAAGUGCCUUUUCACGAGAAGUUGUUCUUCGUACACGUUUUCUGGUUGCAUUUGAGCAGCUGUGCACUCCGUUAACGACAGUUCUCAGCUUUAUUUCUCAUGUGCUGUGUGGAUUCACUCACAUUCUAAAGUUAUCACUGUGAAAUGAAUGAAUAUUAAGUUUUUAUCUAGUUCCACUGAGUAUUUAAAUCGUAUUUAUGGGAAACAAUUACCCACAUUUUAGUGCCUGUGCAGCUCUCACUUAAUGUGAUAAGCUGAUAGUGAACUUUCACAGAAAGCUUUAAGUGCUAACCCUCCCAAAAUCUUAUUUUUCAAUGAAGGCUGUUGGCUUGAAAGAUGGGUGCAACAUGUGUUUGGGUGUCAACCAACAAUUAUUUUUAUUUUCAAUUAAUCUGUCAAAUAUUUUCUUGAUUAGUUUAUUAGUUAUUUUGUCCAAAAAAAGAUCAGAAUUUUUUUUUUAAAGGUCGAUCAGUGUUUCCUAUAAAGCCUGAGAUGAAUGUCUUGUUUUGUCCACAAUCCAACGAUGUUCAAUGUAUGGUCACAGAAAAGGAAAGAAACCAGAAAAUAAUUACGUUUAAUAAGCUGAAAUCAGAGAUUUUCUACUUUUUUAUAUAUAUAUAAAAAAAAACUCAAACCAAUUACUUGAUUGUCAAAUUAACUGGCGAUUAAUUUAAUAGUGGACAACUAAUUGAUAAAUCGUUGCAGCUCUAGUUUGUUGUUAGUUUGAGUUCAUGUCAGUUAGAGAUGAUUCACUCUGUACUGAUUCUCUCUGCUCAGUCAUUGUUUUGCUAAGCUAUUGCUAAAUACUCGGCUUAUUACAGAGCUACGGAGCUUCAAGGAAGUAGAUAACACAACAUGGAAGCAGCACAUUUAGUCAGUUUGGUUAAUCAAAGAGUUUUUGUAACGUACAGAGUAGUGGUUGAAUAAUAUAGAAGAAAACAAUGCUGCAAGUUUGAUUUGAAUGAAUGUUCUGACACUUAUUUUGCAAAGUGAAACCUGUCUCCAUUACAAGUUGUUAAAACUGGCAUGAACUCAAUGCGGCCACAGCUGCUGUUUCUUUAAUAGUUAACUUUUUUACAGCCAUCUUUCAAGCAUUUUUAAAAGUGUUUUGUUUAUGAUUGUUUACAUUUUGGGUAGAAUGUCCCUUUGAUAUGUUCAGCAAUGUAACUUUAAUAUCCAACUUGUGUCCAAUAUAACUUUUGGUGUGUUCAAAAGGUUUGCAUACAAAAAACGUGAUUUAUAUCUGAUCACAUGUGCACAUUAGAAGUUACAUUAAAAUAUAAAAUAUUCUCGUAUGGA